UUUCGAUUCAGAUAUAUUUUGUAAAAGAGAAAAAAGAAAAAUCAACAAUGGAUUUAAAAGUGAUAUACGUUUUAAGUUUGCUAUAUGCUUUUGCCCAGACCAAAAACACCGAAAGAAGGGCAGUGAAUGUUUUAGCAUUUGUGUCAGCAUCUGUUGAAAUUGCCAAUUUCGUGUAUGAAAUUGUUAACGGGAACAAUGACCAAGACACGGCCUCUCCUGCAGAUUUGGAAAAAGCAAAAAAUGAAAUAAUCACGGUCUUCUCUGAAAAGCUAGCUGUCGUCCAAGCACAAUUAUACGGAAGCAUAAAGGAAACGAUGUCCUUGUCAAAGAUUGAUGAAGUGAACUACAAAAUUCAGAGUGCUCUUCUCGAUUUGAAAUCAUAUUUAUUAGCGAGUGGAAAUGCACAGAGCGUAAAGAAAGAAGAAUUUGAAACGCAAGCUGCAUUGAUUAUCGCAGAUAUUCGAAGUCUCCCUUCUCGUUUAGAAAAGUCCCUUGCGAAUGCAGAUCAAUCGCUUUUAGAAUUAAUGGCUACUAAUUCUAAAUGCAAUAUGUCUGGAAUGAACGAAUUCAAUGACUUCUUCUUCAAUCUAACUCAAACUGGGAUAAUUAUCGAAUUUUCUUACAAGACAAUAAAGCAAAACAGCACUCUUCAAACAGAGUCGGAAUGGUGGGACAGCCAGGUUCGACAAAUGAUCGAUUCUUUUGAAAGAGAAGAUUCAAGGUGUAAAAGCAGAUUUCAUACAUUACUUAGAAGCGACAUGGAGAAACACGAUAAUCUCAAAGAGUUAUCAAAUAUAGUGCACCAGAAGUAUGUUUGGUAUAUUAUUGAUGUAUUUAUCUUGAAACAAAAUGAUGAUGGAGAAGACAUCAACAUUGAGGGCAAGGAGACGAAUAUGAUGACUUUGAGUGUAAACGGUCUUCGGAAAUACUUAAUCUAUAUAGACAAACAAACCAGACUUAACGCCAUCAAGUGUCUUUUAUUAAAGUCAAACAUCCAGGCGCCUCUUGACGAAGUCUUUAUUCUCGACAAAGGAACCCCUGCACAUGGGUAUGUUUCCACAACUGAAGGGAGCUUAAAAAAGACGACGUUCUUGUACGAUGAAACAGACGAAACAAGGUCCUGUCAUCCGGAGACUGUCCCGGUAGAUGCAGUGAAGGAUCGCACAAAUGAAGACGGUGGAUCAAAGGAAGGAUUAAACAUCUUUUUAAUUGGCGGUAUUGGUCUUGCUUCGCUGGUAUUUCUCGCAGCCUUCAUUUCUGUUUGCUACUGUUGGUACAGAAGGCGUCGUUUAUGGAAGUAUAUAUGAGGGAAAUGAUGUACCCACCCUUUAGCGCCAACGAGAGGGAAAUGCCAUUCGCAACAACUUGGCCAUCUCCGGCAAGCUUCGAUAUUGUUUUUUAGUCUUUAUUUUAUAAAAAAUAAACAGCGGCCUAAUUAUCUCAUUACACGCUAUACAUGAAUCUGAAUCAGACAUAAGAAACAUUAACAAUAGUCCAAUACACAUAAUUAAUAAAACUGUUAAACUGUAAAACAAGUAAUUUACAUAAAAUAGUAAAAGAUGUUGUGUUUUUUUUUUAAAUAUCCCAUCUAACAUGUUAUCGAAUGUUAACAACUUCUAAAUAUGCGGCUACUUGGCUAAAAUUAGGGCUUCCGUUAAAGGAAGUUUGUAAGUGUAUUACUUUGUUAUAUAGUAUCAUAGUUAUUGUACUCUCUUUAAUGAGGCUAAAAAAUCCAAAACUGAGUUCUUGAAAGUAAAGGAACUUCGAACACUUUGGAUAAAACUUUUAAAGGUUAAUGGUUGAAAGUUUAAGAUAUCAAAAUAUGUUUACAAUAUUACAUUUAAAGUAUCGUUUCCGGUAAGUUUUGAAUUAAAUUACUUUUUUGAAUUCACUUUUUUGAGCUAUCAUUUUUAAUUGAGAAUUAUUUCAUAUUUUUUCAGAAUUCUUGUACAAUCUAAGUGUUUGAGAGACUUGAUAAUUCCAUGUUAGGGAGAAAAACUUCCUACAGUGACGGCUAGGAAGUUCAAACUUCCCCUGUCAAAUUUCAAUUGAAGCCCUGAUAAAAUAGUAAAUAAGAUAUCUUACUUGAUGCGGUGUGUAUCAUUUUGCAUAUGACGUGAAAUUAUUAAGUAUGUGUUUAUUGUUAAGUUAUUUUGUUAAGUUAUUCAAGACAGUAAAAGUUUAUAAAAAAUACUUUUUUUCUAAAAAGCAUUUUAGUAUCAACUAUCAACCUUGCUUAUUCAUGGUUAAAUCAUUUAAAUGAUGAUGAUGAUAAUGAUAAUGAUGAUACUAUGUAUAAAAAUGUAUUUCAAAUGAUAUUAUGAACUUUAGAAUAUUGUCCGAUAGUAAAUUGAUGUGCUUGGUCCGAUUCGAUUGAUUAUCGAUAGCAAAUGAAGUCCGUUUUUGUACACUAGGAAUCACAUCGCUAAGAACGGUAUAACAACGUCAGGACAUCGUCAGAACAUC